AUGUGUUGGUUGAUAUUUCAUCUUACAGAAUGGAUUGCUGCAAAAUCUUUGUUGAAGAUUCUGCCUGCUGAUGCAGUGAGUAUUGACUCAGACAAGGCCAAUGGCUUCCUAUCCAACGCGCGGCCCAAGAGGAACGUGGACCCCCGCUGGUACCGCCACUCCCCAGACUUCCAGGCCUACUACCGUUACUACACUAGCAUCGGGCACACCGAAGGGCUCUAUGAGAUUGACAAGCUGAGGAUGCUCUAUCAGCAAAUGCGUCACCUGGAGCACGUCUACGGCCCCAACGCCUCCUACUACCAGAACAAGCUGGGCAUGCCCACUCUCAAGUGCGACCCGGCCAAGGACAAGAAAUGCCCCCAGCCCCCACCUCCUCCCCCUCCCCCCGCUCCUCAGAAGGGCCCUGCCCCACCUCCUCCCAUAUCCACCGAUGCCGACGUCAUCUACCUGUGCAACGCCAAGGACCCGCUGUGCAAGCCCCACAUCGUCUACCUGCCCACGGGAGCCGUGCCCGUGCUGUGUGACCCCCGCUACUACCCGUCCUGCAAGCUCCACAAGGUGCCCCCUCCCACCCUGCCGCCCCCUCCUCCUCCUCCUCCCAUCGUGGUGAAGAAAUCGGGCCCCAUGCCGCCACCCGUGCCCAUCUACUACAAGGGCAUGGAGUACGACUGUGACCCCUACUGGGACCCUGACUGCCUCAUCGACCACCCGCCUCGCCCCAUGAAGGGCCUGGCCCUGCCCCCUCCUCCACCGCCCGCACCGGUAGAGGAGAAGGAGCCAGAGCCAGAGCCAGAGGUGGAGGAACCGCCCCCACCCCCGCCCCCAGUCCCCGUUGGCAAGAAGCACCCCUACCCAUACCCUUACCCUUACUACUAUCCCUACCAGCACGAGCUCUACAAUCCAUACCUCCACGCCUACCCCAGCCCAGCAGACAGCCCGGCUGCAGAGGAGUAG